AAACAGCCCAGAUCCUUGCAGAAGUGAGUGGAGCUCUCAGGGCUUUUAGGUCUGGAAGGGACAACCAGAAGAGCACUGGGAAGCAGCACUUCCCAACGAGAUCAGUGCACCGAGAGCAACAAGUCUCAGCUCAAAGGGGAGGCCUCUGGCUGCCUGUGGGAAUGGUGCUGAAGUAUUUUCACACUGGUUGCUGUGCGUAUUUUUGUUAAUUAACCUAAGACAGUAGCCUUUAAAUUUAAAAUGUCCUGGAUUUAGACAUGAGGCUGAGCCUCCUUCAUGAUCAAGUCUUCUUGCCUUCCUGAUGCCCAGCUCUACCAGUCUCCCAGGGUCUGCUGUCUCACAGGGUGACCCAUGCUGCUUUCUACAAGACAUCCAGCAGAAAAGUAUGGCUGGAUCCAGGCAAAUGCAAAUGCCUACAACAUGCAAGGCUUUGGUCAAGGACAGGUAAGACAGGAAGGUGGACCAUGGCUAGACAGCAGCAGGCUACAGCUUCCUGACUGCUCUCACUUCUGUGGAGGCAAUUAAGUUAAUGCGUAGAACUACUUUUUGAAGACUGGUGCAAUGUUCUUUCUCAGUGAUCAUCAGUGAUUUACAUGAGCUUUCAAAGAUUAGACAGCAGUCUUGCACUGAUAUCAGCCAGGUGUCUUUGCACACUGGCUGCAUCUCAUUUGGUCCUGCAGAAAUGUAGGUAUUUUCUCAAGAAAUCUCUGUCUAUAGGCUCAAAAGUCUGGGAGAACCUGUUGGUGAAGACCAAGGGAAAAAAGGCACUGAUUCAACCUUGGCCACACUAACCCCAUUUGGUGGUGAAAGCACAUUUUCCUUGCUUGUUCUCCGAAAUGCCUGAGUCAUGUAAAAUAUGCCUUGAAGAGCAUGACAGACAGUCAUUGUGUAAAAGUAAAGGAAUUAGUCAUCCUAAAGGGAGAUUCAGAAGAAUCUGACUUGAAAAGACCCACAAACUUCCCUGCAGCCAACUAUUUUACAACUUGGAUUUUAAAUACCUGUGUUUUUAUAUUCCUGCUGAAUCAUCGACUCUGGGGACCAGUUGAGGUUCAUCCCCACCUGGGAAUGUCUAUGAGCCCUUUUUGCCUGACAUGGCUGACCUCUUCAGCUUUGGGCAAAAGAAUUAGUUACUCAUCUGGGAGCAGCCUCCAUCCUUCCUGUACUCGGGCCAGCCAAAACCUCCACGCUCCCCUGAUGGAGACUUUGCUCAUAACUGCUCUGAGAAAGUAAUAAGGGAAAAGAGCACGGAGACUUAAUGCGGAAUUAAUUAAAGGGGGAAAUUCUGCUGAGAUGCAAACCACUUGCAAAUGCUGGAAAUGUGGGAGAAGGCAUUUACCUCUGAUGGAAUGUGGCAGAGGCUUUUGGGAACUGAAAGACUGGAUUUUCAAGUAAGUGAUAAGGGACUUGUAAAAGCAAUGACAGGAGGCAAAGGGUAUAAAAUGAUGGGGGAAAGGUGUUUUUUUCUUAGGGUUUUUAGUGAAGAAUAGGAAGGCAAAAUGAGGAGAAACCCAAGGAGAGUUUGGUAGCAGUACGUCUAUGUGUCUGCACAUUGAGUGGGAAAGAAGAAAGCAUCAUGAGUGGAAUAUUCCAAUAGCCAGGUGAGUGGAGGAAAACACCCAUCCUGCAGCACAUCCUGGUUCAAUCGUUCUCACAGAACCAGGCAGCAGAAGACAGAGGCCUCUUCCUCCUUCAUGCAAGUGCUUGUUUCAGAGCCACCAUAUUGGCUGGUGGCCACAGGGAUCAAGUGGGUGGAUGUUCUCCUUCUGCACACCCAGAGCUGAUGUAGGCAGCCACCAAAAUAGCCCCAGGCGGGGGACAUGGCAUCUUGUCCAGCUUGGGGCGUGCAACAUUGCCUGAAGGAAAACAAGGGUUUGUGGAUGGAUGGAGCUUUAUUUGCCUUGUAUGAUAGUUCUCUUUAGUAAGGGUUAUACCAAAUCUGGGCUGAUUUUAGAGGUGCAUGUAACAAAUUUGGGAUUCCUAAUGUUGCUUUCAUGACUUUCAGAAACGUUAGAAUGAAGCAGAGUCGGGAUUUUCUUUUGUGGGUGUAGGACAGUCACCUCCCUGCUGCACAGGUCUGUCAAUAUUCUGCCCUCCUGUGGAGAAAAAAGUUACAGCUGGACCUGUUCCAGGAUGUAAGGGAUGAGUAUUCCUCAGCUCUUGAAUUUGUGCCAUGAGCUGGGUGACAGGGAAUCCAAACAGGAUUCACGUGUUGGUUGGAACUACCCUGGUACAGCAGGAAUGAGUCUCGCAUCCAGACUGGUUCUAUACUGUGUCUAAUGGUGAUAUGUAAUAACUUCUAAAUUAUAUUCUAUAAUUUGCUUUAAAGUGAAAUGUUUUCAAUUUUAUAUUUUCAAUUCAAUAUUUUCAGCUUAAAAAAAUUAAUUGCAUUUGAAAGUAGAAAACUGGUCUUUGGGUUGAACAAUGUGUUCCUCUCCAUUCUUUCUCAGAGGUAAGGAUUUGUUCAGGCAGGAAAAUCUAAGCCCUUUCAUUUCAAAAAAUUCUGUUUAAGCUGUUUCAUUUGAUCUGUCUAUCAAACUUAAAAUAUAUAUUCGUAAAACUAUCAGUGGGAAAUCAAAUAACCUGCUUCAGUAGCUUGGUUUGCCCCUGAGAAUUUAGCAGAAACCUGCUCUUGAGCCCUUUUAGUGCUAGAGUCUGAAAAGUCUGGAAGUGUGCACAACCUCACAUCCUGUUGAACUUUAAAGCUGCCUGUUAGCAAGGCCUGAUGCCAAGGAGCUUUGGGCUUGCAAGUGGCGGAGUUGGAGUUGAGGAAGUAGCAAGAGGAAAAGGCAAAAACCUUCCCCAGCAGCUCCUGGAAAAGCAGCUGCUCUUCCCUGAAGCCUCAAGCACUGCCGCAUUUCAAACAUGAGCUAGACAGAAACUAAAGGAGCUCUGGCACAGAGAAAGGCACAAAUGCUAUUCCCAAUUAAAGAGCACUUGCGCCCAGGGCAGCUGCUCUCCUGUGACUGUGUGGAGUCCCCUCCUCUGGGAGUUUGCUGGCCCGCCGCCUCUAUGGUCCUGAGGCGAGAUAGAGCGCCCCCCGCCUCUAUGGUCCUGGAGGGAGAUAGAGCGGCCGCCGGGCGGUGAGAGGGGCGGGCUGCCGGAAGUGCCGCCCCAGUGCCUCCUCAGCGCCCUUUCCUUCCGGUGCGGCGCCAUCGGCGGAGCGGCAGGUGAGGGCCGGGCCGGGAUCCGCGUCCAUCCGCGUCCAUCCGCGGCGGGCCGGGGCUCAGCGCUGACCGCUCUCUCCCCGCAGACAUGGCGAUCCGCUACCCGAUGGCCGUGGGCCUCAACAAGGGCUACAAGGUGACGAAGAACGUGUCCAAGCCGCGCCAGUGCCGCCGCCGCGGGCGCCUGACCAAACACACCAAGUUUGUGCGAGACAUGAUCAGGGAAGUCUGUGGCUUUGCACCGUAUGAGAGACGUGCUAUGGAACUGCUGAAAGUUUCUAAAGAUAAACGUGCUCUGAAGUUCAUAAAGAAACGGGUUGGCACUCACAUUCGGGCCAAGCGAAAGCGGGAGGAACUCAGUAACGUCCUGGCAGCCAUGAGGAAAGCUGCUGCAAAGAAGGAUUGAGUUGUACAGUCUGUAACUCAAUAAAGUCCUUCCUCCCAAAA